GAUGGCCGUUAGAGAUGGUUAUGGCGAUGGAUUGAAACGUGGUCUCAAGUGGACGUUUGACCAACAGAAGCCGCACGAUGCAGAAAACCACCCUAUGACCGAACACAUUAUAACGUUUGUCAGGGGAUGGGCUGGGAAUGCUGAAGCAAGUGAGGAGGUAGUGAAAUGUGCCAUUAAAAGAUACUUUAUCACAAAGAAGCAGGAAGAUGGUCUAAAGAAACAGAAUCAACUAGAGGUGCAGAGGCAGAAGAGGGUUAAAUAUGAGAGGAAGAAGGAGAAAGCCAAAAGAAGGAUGAAGGCGCUGCAGAUCCUGUCAGCCCAAGGGUGGCAGUCUGAGGUCCGGCGCGCACAAAUCAGGAGCGCCAUUGAGAUAAAGUAUACGUCCAGCGAUGAAGAGUGUGAUGACGGAUUCAUCACACACCCCCCAUCCUGGCAAAGUGACAAGUUUGCGCAGGUUAAACGUGCAUUAGACAGGUGUUUUGUUGAUAACUGCUCGCACAAGAGCAGAAGGCUACUGCAAAAUAGGAAGAUAGGAGCAGUCCACGUCAAAUCUGCCCCUAAUUGUCCAGAGGAUGUCUCUUGGAUUGUAAAGAAAGAUUAA